AUGGCUGUUUCCGUUUUUUCGUCACGUAAAAUCCCUGUGUUCUUUUUGUCAUUGAUAAUUUUUUGUAUGUUUGAGCUUGCAGUAGCUGGCACUACCAGACACUACCAUUUUGAUAUAAGGUACCAAACUGUGACAAGAUUGUGCCACAACAAGAGCAUGGUGACAGUGAAUGGUAAGUUUCCAGGACCUCGCAUUGUGGCCAGGGAAGGAGACCGUCUUCUUAUCACAGUUGUUAACAAUGUGCAAAACAACAUCUCUAUUCACUGGCAUGGCAUUCGACAACUUCAAUCAGGAUGGGCUGAUGGACCAGCAUAUGUGACCCAAUGCCCCAUCCAAACAGGUCAAAGCUAUGUUUACAAUUACACCAUUAAAGGACAAAGAGGCACACUCUUUUGGCAUGCACAUAUAUCUUGGUUAAGAUCAACUCUCUAUGGUCCACUCAUCAUACUUCCCAAGAAAAAUGUUCCAUAUCCUUUUGCAAAACCUCACAAGGAAGUUCCUAUCAUAUUUGGAGAAUGGUUCAAUGCAGAUACUGAGGCCAUCAUAUCACAAGCCCUGCAAACUGGGGGAGGACCAAAUGUUUCUGAAGCCUACACAAUUAAUGGACUUCCAGGCCCAUUGUAUAACUGCUCUAAAAAAGAUACUUUCAAGUUGAAGGUGAAGCUAGGAAAGACUUACCUUCUACGUUUCAUCAACGCUGCACUAAAUGAUGAGUUAUUCUUCAGCAUUGCAAAUCAUACCCUCACAGUUGUUGAAGCAGAUGCAGUUUAUGUAAAACCGUUUAAGACUAACACAAUCCUUAUUGCACCUGGCCAAACCACUAAUGUUCUUCUUAAAACCAAGUCUCACUAUCCCAAUGCAGCAUUCUUAAUGGCUGCUAGACCAUAUGCCACUGGCCUUGGAACUUUUGACAACACAACUGUUGCUGGUAUCUUGGAAUAUGAAUCCCCAUCUAAUAAUCAUCACGGCCCAGUUGUUUCACUGAAAAAGCUUCCAUUACUCAAACCUACUCUUCCAGCACUUAAUGACACUUCUUUUGCAACAAAGUUCUCCAACAAACUCCGUAGCCUUGCCAAUGCCAAAUUUCCCGCUAACGUUCCCCAGAAAGUAGAUAAGCACUUUUUCUUCACAGUAGGCCUCGGUACCAAUCCCUGCACGAGCAACCAAACUUGUCAGGGACCCAAUGGAACAAUGUUUGCCGCAUCUGUGAACAAUGUAUCUUUCAUACUCCCAACCACUGCACUUCUUCAAUCCCAUUUCUCUGGACAAUCCAAGGGGGUCUACGCCCCUUAUUUCCCAACAAGUCCCUUGCACCCAUUCAAUUAUACAGGCACCCCACCAAACAACACCAUGGUGAGCAACGGAACGAAGGUCGUGGUUCUUCCUUUCAACACAAGCGUGCAGCUUGUGAUGCAGGACACUAGCAUUCUUGGUGCUGAAAGUCACCCUCUCCAUUUGCAUGGAUUUAACUUCUUUGUUGUUGGACAAGGAUUUGGUAACUACGAUCCAAGUAAGGACCCAUCAAACUUCAAUCUUGUUGAUCCUGUUGAAAGAAAUACAGUUGGUGUACCAUCUGGUGGAUGGGUUGCAAUCAGAUUCCUAGCAGAUAAUCCAGGAGUAUGGUUCAUGCAUUGUCACUUGGAAGUGCAUACAAGCUGGGGUCUUAGGAUGGCAUGGGUUGUUUUGGAUGGAAAGCUCCCAAACCAGAAACUACUUCCACCACCAACUGAUCUUCCCAAGUGUUAA